AUGGCCGCAAAUGUCGUUGUGCGGCAAAUGCAGUCAUUUGACAACAUAAGUCUAGGUACCCCGCCUUCUGCUGCUUCGUCUGGUAUCACGCGGCAGCCUACCAAUGAUGAAUCUUUCGACUUCCUCACUAACCCAGACCAACUCGCGAACACAACUUCUACUAGUGUUCCGGACAGUAAACGUCGCACUCUAUCCGGCGAUCGUUAUGCAAGCAGCGCCCUUGACGCCCCCGAUGCUAUGCCUGACCUCGACUUCCCCUUCAUGCGAGCUGAGCAUUCUUUUGACGCCCUGUCCCUUUCGAAUCAAGAUGCCGAACAAGAUCCCUCCUCUAUAUGUUUGAGCUUUGCAGAGGGCGACAUUGUUUUCGCUCAUGGCUUUCAUGAGUCUGGAUGGGGUGAUGUGACUUUGUUGCAUACAGGUAAACGGGGCUGGAUCCCGGUGAACUAUUUCUCUCCGUUUGCCGACGUAAAAGCCAUCCCGCUCCUUUCCGCUGCAGCAGGGUUCAUUCACACGCCAAAAUCUUACAGAAUUGUCGCUCAGUUUGCAGAAUCUUCAUCGGACAUUGUUCAACACACGUUUUCCCAAGCCGCUAUCAAUGAGAUCGUGAGCGGUGUUCGCUCACUGUUGGAGCUAUCAGGAACAUUGAACCGUGAUUCUCCCGUUGCUCAGCGGUCUUUGACCAUUAGACGUUACCGCAAGGCUUUGCUAACCGAGCUUGCUUAUGUCGUUUCAUUGGCCCGUGAGAACAAACGCACGCUAGAUGAUGCUGUUAUCGAUAAGCUCGUGCGCGGUGUUUACAGAGUGGUUAUGAAGGCAGCAGCCCUGCUUGAUGUAUGGGCCGUUGACGAAAAACUGCACUCCGUCAUGACUCCAAGUGACGAGGAGGGUCCUUCUCCCCCUGACUCGCCAAUUGCAGCCCCGCAUACGCCGCACGUUGACCCCUCUAGCUUCCCUCCUACACCGACAACACCGACAACACCUGCAAAGGCAACUCAUGCCAAGAGGAACUCAAUUAGUACCCUGGGGGUUCACGCUACCAUCCCGGAGCCUCGAGAAAGAAUUAAAGAAGUCGUGGAAUGUCUGUGUGAAUACUUGAUGCCUUUCACCACACAAACUCGUUCAGAGAAGAAUGCGUCGGUUGAAAUCCUUGCCAUCACCAGACACGGCAUGCUGGCAUGCCGCGAACUGUUAAUUGUUAUCGAGGCCGUUGCUAAUGCAAGUGAACACCAGUGCACUGAGCUCGAACAUAUCAAGGAAAAGCUCUUUUCCCGUAUCAGACUGUUGGUUUCAUCCGCUCGCUAUCUUGUUACUGCCUUGGGGGACACUCAAUCUCGAGUCAGUGCUGCAUCUCAAAAGCUAGCUCGAGUUGCUACCGAGUGCGUAGAUCUUGCGCGUGAAGGCUCAGUCUGGUGCGAAACUGUUCUUGAUAAGCUACCUGAACCUUUGUCCUUACCGGAGCGUGAUUAUCCUCUUUUCAAAGAACGGCCUCUUAGUGCCGCCUCCACUCAGCUUCUAUCUGGCUACAUGUCUAGUGCGACUUCGGUCGCAAGGAACACGGUUACACCUAUUAGUAGCAAACGCAUGUCAACUGCUAGUAGCAUUGCCACAACUAUCAGCACAUCUCCACCAUCUAGCCCGAAAUCUGAACAAGCAAAAGAAGUCGAGGGUCCUCUGUCGCAUAUCCACAGCGACAUUGUUGUUCGAGGCCAACGCGUGCGCGGUGGUACACUUCCAGCCAUCAUUGCGUAUUUAAUGACCCAACCUGGCAACAGCUUUUUAUGGCAUGCAUUUUUGUUUACUUUCAGAUUGCAUACUGCUUCAGUCGAUCUUGCUUCUGCACUAGUUGAGGCCAAUGCUGUGGGUUUAGCUGUGCGGUGGUUGGAGUCCUAUUUCGAUGAACAGGAUAUUCCUGCCCUAGAUAUUUUGGCAAAACUUGAUGACAUUGAGGACAAAAUUGAACUGAGAAAGGCAUGGCCAACUGCUAAACAGCUGGUUGAGCGUAGUUUAGCUGGUGAAGAGGGCAGUGGUGCGAGUAUGGCCUCGUCCACGGUCACACUUUCAUCAAUUUCCUCGUCACGACGCACAUCGGUUUCUAGGGGCCGUUUUGGUUCUCAAGACGACAUGCGGCACCUUACUGGGUUGCACUCUCUCGGCUCUGCUUUCCGGUUAGGCGCUGGUGCUAAUAGCACUCUUGGAACUCGGCUGCUUGAGUACGAUCCCACCACUAUUGCCGCCCAGCUUGCGCUAAUGGAUGCUGAAAUUUUUGAACAGCUCAAAGUCGAUGAGCUGUUGGACCAACGCUUUGCUGCUUCCAAACGUUCGCUAUGCCAAGCACCUCACGUGGUACAGCUAGUGCUCAUGUCCAACCACCUAUCAGCCUUUAUCGCUGAGACCAUUCUUGGAGCAGAAAAUUUGAGUGCAAAAACUCGCAAGAGUAUUAUUCGCCUUUGGAUCAAGGUUGCGCAGGCAUGCUACGAAUGCGGCCACUUGAACGGCGUGGUUACUAUUGUUUCAACUCUGCAGUCUGCUAACAUUAUACGCCUGCGGAAGAUUUGGAGCCUUUUGUCCACCAAAAACAUGGCUGUUUUGGAAAAGCUCAGUCGGCUCGCCGCGCCAGAACGUAAUUUCCAAGGAUACCGCCAGGAAACUAAAGCGCGCCAGUGCAAGCCGACCAUUCCUUAUUUUGGUCUCUAUUUGAGCGACUUGACAUUUAUCGAUGAAGGUAACCCAAAGAAAAUCACUAUUCGCCCAGGCCUUGAGGGUAUCAAUCUCGAUCGCUAUCUUAAAGCUGCCCGAGCUAUCUCUGAGCUACAGCAGUUCCAGCGACAACUGCCACUGGACGUUUCGGCCAAUGUGCCGUUGCAGGGCUGGCUUCGCCAAGAGAUGGCCAGAUCAUGGUCGUCGUGCAGUAACGACAGCGACAGCAACUGGCGACGAUCUCUGUUUAUUGAGCCUCGCCAGUGA